CAGAUAGUACAAAGGGAAUUUUGAGAUUUGUUUGUGUGAAAUAAAUAUUGCAAAUUAUGGAGAAUAUACAAGUAAUUACCCAAGAUUUUGUGAACGUACACAUCACAAAAUCUGACUCCGAUUUGGGAGCACCAGUUGAAAGACGUUUCAAAAAAGAAAUAACAGUCUCCGACUUUAAGACAAAGCUGGAACUUGUAACCGGAGGCAAUGCAACCACAAUGAAACUGAAGUUGUUCGACAGUAAAAACAAUUAUUUGUGCGACAUAGACAACAACAAUGCACUGCUCGGGUCGUACCCAAUAGACGACGGGAUGAGGAUACAUGUGGAGGACAAAUUUGCAUUGCUCAGUGAUGUUAGUUCAUCAGACAGUGCAGAAAGAUUCCGACUGUCUGAAGAGGAAUAUGAGAAGAAGGGAGACACGGUGCGCUCAUUCCUGCAGCGGAACAAGCUCGGCAAGUAUAACGAGGAGGAGCUGGCUAAAAUGAAGGAACAGCAGCAGAAGGAAUUGGAAGAGGAAGCAAGACUCGCAGCAGCAGUGCUAGUAGGUUCUCGUUGUGAAGUACGCGUACCAUCGCAGGGCGUACGGCGGGCAACGGUCCGGUACAACGGACCUCUAGAAGGAGCGAAGGGAUUAUGGAUUGGUGUGCAAUAUGAUGAGCCGCGAGGAAAGAACGACGGAGAAGUAAAUGGCAAGCGGUACUUCACAUGUCCUCCCAAAUACGGCGGCUUCGUGAAGCCAGCUUACGUCACAGUCGGCGAUUUCCCCGAAGAAGAGUUUGAUCUCGACGAUGAAAUAUGAUCAGGAUCCACUUUUAUCAGAUUUAGCUUCGCUGUGUACAGUCAGCAGCUAAGGUUGCUAAGCAUGUGAUUUUUUUAUAAUAAGCAAAUAUCUCCAAGCAUUAAAUCCGCCUGUUAUAAUGUUUUAUGUGCAAUUAAGUUUAAAAAUAAAUAAAUAAUAACUGCUCUCUUAAAUAGCAUCCAUCUGUGUACAGUCAACCAAUUGGAACCCUAGGCCACUGUAGAAAUAUAUCAUAGUCAGAUACGCUACGUACGCUAUAAGUCAGAUUGCAAGAAAUCUCUUACUGCUUGUUAUUUUGACAUGGUUGUAGAGUGGCCUAGGGUUCCAAUUGGUUGACUGUACGUACAAGCUUGUUUAUUUAGACCCCAGCAAAAUGAGGUGGAUAAUUGUUUGUCUUAUAAUUAUAGAUGAAACUGUAGAAAUUAAAAAGUUAAUGAACAAGUUUUAAGUUGUCAUCUUAUUGCAAAAUUAAAGUGGUAGGUAGGUACACUUGACACAUUUUUCAUCUAACCUAAAACUGCGCGCUUUCGCAUUAGCUUAGCAACUUUUCUGCGAACUGUAGGUACAUUCAUACAUGUGAUACAUUUGAGGAUUUUUAAUUAAAUGCAUUUAUAUUUCAUAUUAGCUUGCUGGCAAGUUACUCAUACUUACUCUUACUUAGGUUACAAGACGCAAAUACACUUAUGUGGUGAAGUUAUUGUUUAACCAUCAUUUUGUGCUAACCUUAAAAUGCACAGUAAAUAUUUCACAAUUGAUGUCUCUGUAAAAAUCUGGUUUUUACCGUAUUUCUUUGAUGUCAAAAGAAUUUCUAAUUGUUAAUAAUCAUGUUGUGAAUCCAUUCCACAAGGACUAAUUGUCUUUCAAAUUAUACUCGCUUAACUAUUUGUAAAUUCGCUUUGUAAUGUUUAAUUUAUGAAGCACUAUUUUUUUUUAAAUAAAUAUGAUACUAAA